AUGGAGCAAGUAUCACUAACAACAGCUGCUAAUUUAGCCAGCGUUCUAUCCAGUCAGUAGCAAUAAGACCAGACUACCACUGAGUCAGAGCACUCACACAGCAGAACUUCAAGUGAACAGUAAAUUAAUGCCUAGGCAUACACCUAUGGUAGAGAUCUUUGGGACUGCCUAUCUUCACUCAAUGAAAGUACGACAUCUAGGACUUUUUUCAUGAAAGCUUUACGCAGUUUCUUUUCCUCGUAUAAGAAGUCACUUGACACCUUCUCUCAAAGUCUUUAGAAAUCUGUACAAUAAUAUGAGAAGGAUUUCGUGCGAUUUAAACAUGAUCACGUCGUAGAUUCAACAAGCACUGCCAUGCUAAAUGUGAAGAUGUGCUUGGAUGAAAUGGUCAAAUCAAUCUAGGACAGUGGCGAACUCAUUCUCAAAGAUAUGGUUGAGCCUCUAGAGAUUUACUACAAGCACUAUGGACUGACCAAUAAUGAGCUACUCAAGUAGGGCAACCAGUUUUGGAAUAUGCUGCACUAAGAGCGUACCUAGAUGUUAUUUGCAAAGGAGAAUUACUACAAUCAGGCCUAAUAAGCACAUUAGAUUAUGAACUAGCUUAAUGAAAUAAAAAAUCAACAGAAAUAGGCAAUAUCUAAUCCAAUGCUUCAAGUCACUGUAAUUUCUACUAGGAAAGCUUCUGAUGACCCACUAGUUUAGGAGAGAAGAUUGCAGUUGCAGUAGGCUAAAGCAGAUAUAACUAAGCAGGAGUAUGAAAAGUGUUUGAGUAAACUUAAUUACACCAUAGAUAACUUUGAGACUCACUACAAGCCAAUCUUGAAUAGGAUACAAGAGGGAGAUGAAUACCAGAUCAACUAUGUGAAAGCACAUAUGGAUAAGUUUGCCAAAAAUGUAGAGGGUCUUGGCUUGAGUUUCAAAGAUAGAGGUGAAGAACUCUUGCAGUCAGUUGCUCAGAUCUCAAGCGAAACCGACUUAAAGAUAUUCAUAGAUUUGCAUAAAAGCACCAAUCCAUUCUUGCAGAAAGAGGAAUUCCAACAAUUUGAGAACAAAGCUGAAUUCGUCAAAGACCAACUGCCUCCUGCUAGAGAAGCGUCUAUCAGAAGGGCCAGUAGAAGUUUUCUCAACCAACCUGAGGUUUAAUAUAUGGAUAGUAACUAAGGCCAGAGGAAUAACUAAACAGCGUACACACCUCGAGCAGGCAGAAAAAGAGCUUCAGUAUUUGGAGGUGUUUCUGAGGACAACAAUUCAGACUACGAACUGCUAGACAGUGACUAGAUUGAAAAAGACAGACAAAAGACAUUCGACCUUGUAGUCUAGCUAGCAAAUGGAGUCACUCCAAUCACUUUAGAAGAAAAAGGGUAGUUAAUAUAACUGAUGUAAAAUAAGCAAAUGAGGCUGGUGCUGACAGAUAUUCUAAAUGAGAUCAAUUCGCCCAAGCCUUUGCAGAACUAUGACUGCAUCAAGGUACUGGCUGAUAUUCUUAAAUUUGUCCUCACUUUGUUUGUGCACGAGCAAGUCAGCGAUUUCAGAUUGCUGUACACAAUAAUUGAAAGUUCUCAAAAUACAUUUACUUAUGUGAAUAAGCGAAAACUAUAUUUAUCAACAUUGCUAUCAGAUCAUGACAUAUGGCAGGACAAAAAGAGUUGGAAGGAUUGCAUCUUAGAGAUUAUUUCAAUGAAAAUGGAGGAUUCCAAUCAGAGGAGAAAGUAGAGAGCAAGUACUUCAAACAACGAUAAAGACAAGGGAUUUUUCCGCAAAGGACUAAGCUCACUCAAGGGCAUUUUGAAGUCAAAGCAGGAAGAUAAAGUAUAAGAGCUGAAAAGCAACUAAAAUCUAAUCUUCAAUGAACUCUCUAGGUUCGUGCAGUCUACUAUCAACUUUGGCUUGCCAUAUGACCAGGCUAAUGAAUUACUUAUCAUAUUCUGUGAUCAGUUCUAGGUUGAGCAGUCUAGGAUACAUCUAUUGCUCACAGAAUUAUAGUCAAAUCAGAAAAAGACUUCAAAUAUGUUCACUGAGAAAGAACAAUUGAUAUGGUCGCUUCAGCGCAGAGGCAACAGACUUAAAGCUUUUGGCUUUAAUGACAAGACCUAGAUACUCGGUAUUACUAUCAGAUAUAUCGACAGAGAUGAGGAUCUGAGAAGCAUUCUUAUGCUCAAUAAAGAUAUAUAUGAGCUUCUCAAGGAAGAGAUACUAGAGCAGGCUUUGCUUCGAUCCUCUUAAGAUCGCUUGAAAAAGAAGAGAAAAACACUCUGGCUCCGCAUACUGAAAAUCGAUGAAGGUAAAGCCAACCAAGAAUACUGGAGAAACUAGGAAAAGUCCUAAAAAGAUAUACCUAAGCUGGUCUCAGAUGCAAUAGAAGUAGACGUUAACAGAUCUUUUAACAACCUUAAGUAGAUUUCAGCUUCCAAUCUAAAUAACAUAUUGAAGACAUAUGCAAUAGUAAACCCAGAUCUUGAUUACUGCCAAGGCAUGAACUUUAUUGCUGGCUUCUUAUAUCUGGUUAUGGGCAGUGAGAGUUUGGCAUAUGCUGUCAUGAAGGAAAUAAUUGAUAAAUUCAGUAUGGGCAACCUCUUUAAUUAAGAACUGCCUAUGCUUAAACUUAACUUUUACCAGCUAGAUCGACUGAUUAGCAUCGUAUUGUCUGAUUUGCAUACUCACUUCAAGGAUGAGACCAUAAACUCUAGCUACUAUAGUUCACCAUACUUUAUAACAUUAUUCACAAGUGUGCUCUAGAUGCAAGAGACAGGUGAUAACUGCUAAGUCCUCUAAAGAUUCUGGGACUAUUUCAUCAUUAGUGGCUAAAAGUCCAUUUUCAAAGCAUCAUUGGCUAUACUGAAGGAGAAUGAAGAGUCUCUGCUGUAGAUGCCAUUUGAAGUGAUGCUCACAUAAAUAGUCUUCUUACCAAUUAAGUUCUUUGUCUAAGAAUUCGAAAAUGAACAGGAUGAGAAAGCUGGUAUAUAAAAGUUUGACACAUUAAUGAAGAAUAUGAAGAUACCUACAAUGCUGCUAGAAAGACUAAAGAAUGAGUUUGAUGAAAACUAUAAGAUCUCAGCUCUGCUAGAAGCAUCUUCUCAGCAGUAGAAUAAAUGA